AUGAACUGCCUAGGUAUCUAUGCCUCAUUGGGGCUGGCUAUCUCCAGGGUAGUUAAAGCCGCAAAGCAAACGUCAAAUCCGAGACUCCAGACCACAUGCCAUUUUUUAUCAUUCCUAUCGCAAAUUCACAAUUUAGUGAGAGAUGGCGUAAGCGCGUCGGCGGUCACGCUCUUCAGCGAUGGUGAGCUUGACACCCUUGCCCUUGGGCAGAGAGAUCCAGGGCUUGUCCUGGCCAAUAACGAAAACGUUGCUCUCACGGGUGGCGAAGCUGUUGUCAAUGGCAUCCUUGACGUGGACGAUGUUGAAACCACCAUCGUGACGCUCACGGUGGGUGAUGACACCAACACGACCCAUGUUACGACCACCAGUGACCAUGACGACGGCGCCGGUAUCGAACUUGAUGAAGUCGGUGAUCUUGCCAGUGGCAAGUUCAAUCUUGACAGUGUCGUUGACCUUGAUCAGAGGAUCGGGGUAUCGGAUGCUAAAGAUUUUUCGUUAGCAACGGGGCUUGGGAGGGUACAUACAACCGUCAAAUAA